AUUUUUUUUAAAACACAUUGCUGCCAAUAUGACAUGUAUAUACGACUUAGAAACGCUGUGUGUGUUGCGAUAGAAAUUAAAAUCCACAUAAGUAAGCUGCUUGGUGUGCAGUGAGGUCAAACUGGUCUCAUCCGGAUCCCAAGUGAGGGAGAGGGUACAGAAAAUGUUAUAGACCCCGAAUGACUCCCUACUUGCACACGCCUUUCUCCAUACAUUAUGCUGGUUUUCAAAGUAUAUUUAAGGCAUUUUCCUCCAACAAUAUGUUACUUUUGUCCACACAAGUCACCCACGGCGCCGCCUACGGCCACGCCGAGACUACAUAAAGGCUGAAAAUAGGGCUUAUUAGACUAAACAGACCAGAGUAGUCGACCCGAGGCGAUACACCAGUCUGCCCCAGGCUCACAAGUCGAGCACAGAGCAUCCCACUUAGCAAAGAUGGCGGAUGACAAGGAUCCUCUGAAACAGCUGAAAGACCUGACCCAGCUCAAGAGUCAACUGGAGGAGAUCCAGAGGAGGGUGGAGAACGAAGUGGCUGCAGGAAUUCCUCAGGGAGGCUCCGUGCUGGGAUCUCCGUUCCUGAAGGGCUUUCUGGCUGGCUAUGUGGUGGCCAAGCUGCGCUCCUCGGCCAUAAUGGGAGUGCUGCUGGGGACAAUCACUGGCAUUUACGUAGCACAGAACUACCAAGUGCCCAACAUUGAAAGGACUGUGAAAGAGUAUAUGAACAACUUGAAAAAAGGACCAAAGUAAUUUGGACUGAGAGCAAGCCCACAUGUUCUUCUGCCUGUGGUAUAGGGGCACAACAGCAUCGUAGCUGCUGGUUUGCCAGUGGCUCAUUAACAGAAGUCUUUGAGCUCUCCUGUGUUAACUGGACCAUGGAUAUCAUUAUAUGACUGGAGCAGCAUUGGGGAUUCAUAUUCAAAGACUGAAUUUCUCUCUCUCUCUCUCUCUCUCUCUCUCUUUUUUUUUUUUUUUUUUUUGUGGUUAAGUUAAGGUUGCUGCUUCAUUUAAAGACCAUUCUGUUAUUUUUCCACUCAUUACCAGACUUUGUGCCUACAAGGUUUUAAGGUUUUGUGUCAGAUUUGACUGCUUACUCAAUACUGCUGCCUGGAGCAGCUUUCUAAGCCUGUUCUGAUUUUGAAUGCGUAAAACAGCCAGUAAUACCUGCAAAUGCUUCUUACACCCGUAUGAUUCAGCUCAGAAUACAUUGCAGCUCUAAA